AUGGCCUCCGUGGAAGAGAUUCGAACUAGGGUUAGUCUGCAAGAACACGAUGUCAUAAACGUAAGUCUAGUAUUUGUGUCGUGGUAUAUAGUUUUCUUAACACAAUAUUUCUGAUCUUAUCAGAUGUUUUGUUCCUUUAGACGCAUAGCACAGACUUUCCUGGUAAUUACCCAGGCUAUGAUGACACGUGGAGCCAGGAGAAAUUCGAAGAGGUAAUUAUUUCAGGUGUCUCUUGCUGCAAAAUCUUUUGAUUUGUUUUGCUUAUUUUUAUCACAACUGUAGAAUUCACAGUGAACUAGUUGAAUUUGCAAAUGGUAAAGUUUAAGGAUAUAGGGCCACUCGUUUACAUCCUAUCGAGUUACAUUUGCGCCCAUGCUAGUAUGGUGUUCAAACAGUCCACAAACUGGACUUAAGGUGCUUGGAUUCUUUAUUUGCAUCUUUAUUUGGCCUGUUUCAUCUUUAUUUAUAUAUUUUUUUGUUUUUAAAACUUUCCAAUUUCAUGAGCUUGAAGCACGAUUGCACAGAAACCACUUGUUUCAGUCAAGGGCAGUGUUAUCAUCUGCGGACUAACUUGCUGGUUUUCUGUCGUGCUUGUCUAUGAUGUUUCUUCAGUAGAGUUUUGUGACAUAAAUUUCUUAAUUUUUUUUUAUGCACGCAUGUCAAUGGUGUGAAUGCCUCAUGCAUUGCGUGCAAUUAUAUCAGGGCAUUAUUUACUCCAUUUUACAUCUGAGCUGAUGCUAUAAUUCAUUAACAUGUAAUGAAAAGAUGUAGAUGUGUUUAGAAACGAUGCGUCUUAAGGGUAAAAGCCUUUAAAUGAUAGAAUCAGUAUAACCAAAGGCCUUUACUUACUUAAACUAUUGGGAAUGCCCAUUUCUUAAAGGCUUUUAUGGAAGCAGAGUUUCACAGAUUCUAACAACAGAACUUUACAAGAGCACAUUUUCAAUCUUGCCUUAUUUGGCAAGCAUAGAAAUGGAUAUGCUAUGAACUGUUCAUCCUGCCUUUUUAAUUUUACUUCACAGAAAUUUUGUAUUGAAAUAAAGCACUUGGAUGAGAGUGAACUUGAAUUUGAUAUGAUUGGAGUUGAUGCUGCUAUUGCAAAUGCUGUGAGGAGGAUUUUGCUAUCAGAGGUGAGUGUGUUUUCAUUCUAGUGAGGCUUUUUUGAUCAAAGUUUAUUGGAGACUCUAAACUUGAGUCUAUAUAGUAUUUGAGGUACAACUGAAAGCUAUGUGCUAUGUAUGUUCCAUUAAAAUAGGUUCCAACAAUGGCAAUUGAGAAAGUUUUUAUAUACAACAACACGUCUAUUAUCCAAGAUGAGGUAUGGUGAUGACAAUUUUUAUUCUUUUUAAAUUGUAUUGUGUGUGGUUUCUGGGGCCUUUUUUCAUGCUACAGGGGAUGGUAGUUUGCUUUACUGAUUAUAGGUUAUCACCCACUCUAAGUACCAAGAAGUGUAGAGGAUAAUAACCUCCCCAAAAGUUGGUUUUAAAAACUCAUGGUUGAUGUGAAAUUUGUACGUGGCAACCUAUGGAUUCUGCCAAUACAUCAUUAGCAGUUACAGUUUUCUGUUUUCAGUAAAGUUUUCUAUCUAGAGACAUGUCUGCAGUCCUCCAAAAUAUUUUUUGUUUCAAUGCUUUGAACAGAAAAUACCAGCUUAAAAGCUCCAGUAGCGAUUUUUGAAUCUUGGAUUGUAUGAACAGAUUUAUUCUAACUUCUGUGUCUCAUCUUUUUCAUAUCUGAAGGUAUUGGCUCAUAGGUUAGGACUCAUUCCAAUUUAUGCAAAUCCCAGAGAAUUUGAUGUUAAGAUGGAUGGUAAGUUGUUCAGGAGGAAUUUAGAGGAACAUUCUCUUUUGGUAGGUGUGGAAAGUUUUUGAAACAGAACCAUGACCAUGUUAUGUAUUGAUUUCUCCAAAGGAGAUGAGGAAGCUAAAGAUGACACAACACUACAGUUUAACUUAAAAGUUAAGUGCAUCAAAAACAAGAAUGCACCAAAGAAUGCCACAGACCCUGAUGAAUUAUAUGUAAACUCCAAAGGUAACAGUUAAUAAAUAAAUUAAUAAAAGAAGUUUAAUUCCACCGUCAUUGUAGUUAAUCUGAAUUACAAUGUGGUUACAGUAUAAGAAUUACAUACUGUUAAUCAGUAAGGGACUGGGUUACAAUAGAUUUUGUAUUAAAAUUACAAAUACAAGUUAAAAUAUAUAUGUAGGUAUAUGGUCUAAAAAUCUAUUGAUUGUUGAGAGCUAAACUAGUACUUGGGAAAAAACUAUGGUGCAAUCUUUCAGUCCUGCAUUUAGUUAAUGUAUAUUUGUUAGCACAUCUUUUUUGAUAGUGAUGCAUGCACUGUCUUGUCAUUGGGAGAUGUUUAAUGAGAGGUCCUCCUCUUGAGAAGAAGGUUUUUAUAUGUUAUAUAAUUGAAUAAUAUAUGAUGAUUUCUAUAUGUUACAUAAUUGAAAAGAUACUUACCAGACAGGACUAGACCAGACUAGACCAUAUUAGACUGAUACAAGUGAGCCACAGGAUAUUCCAUGGUAUACCACUCAUAAGUUUUUGCAUUAUUUAAUGUGCUUUGUUUCUUCAGUUACUACAGAUCACCUGAAGUGGAUGCCAAUUGGAAAUCAGGCCAGGAAGGUGCACUUAGCAAAAUAGUGAAUUUAUUACUAUCACAUGAAACCCUUUUUUCUUAAUUAAUUGGUGUAUUUGAAAUUAAUUGUGUGCAUGCCAUAGUAUGAGUUACAAUACAGAAAUGAAAUGAGGCUGCAGAUAAAGUUCCCUUCUUUCUUCCUUUGUUUUCAAGUGUCUCCCAGCAGUUGUAUGAAUUUUGCCUCACUGUGCUGGCAUUGUCCUAUAGUUAACCCUUUCACUCCCCAGAUCUCAGUAGUAAUUCUCCUUACUGUCUGCCAUACAAAGCUCACAAUGUUACUGUGCAUGUACUUUGGAGAAUUUGGUAUUGUAUCUACUAGUAAUCCCCUUAUAAUUUUUUUGUUAAUUCUCAUCACUUUUCUGCUUGCACUUAAACUGUAAGGAGAAAUUAUGUCUUAAUCACUCAGGCAGUGAAAAGGGUUAAAAUUAGACUGUACAUUUUAUCAGAAGUGGUCUAAAUGGAGUGUGUGUCGUUUGCAGAAAGCAACAUUGGUGCUGUAAGUGUAAGUGACUUCAUGGUUCUGUGCAGUUAUCACUGAAUUGGUGACGCCUUUUUUUCAGUACGGCCCACAGGAUAUCAGACCAGUUCUCAACGAUAUACUGAUUGCAAAGCUCAGACCAGGACAGGUAUCAACAUCCUUUUGUAAUUACUUAAUUUAGACUAGUUAAACUGACCUACAUGUGAUAUUGCAAUAACACAGAGGAGCUGGAAACUUUUUUUGCAUGUACUAAAUUCAGACUUAAGACAAAAGAUGAGAACUCCACACUUGUGAUACCCUGAGAACUCUUAAAGCUAAACUUUUUAAGGCUGGUCUCUUACACAAGGUGUAACCAAAACCAUGGUUUUAGACUAGCAGUGGGCCUCAGGCUUUUCUUUAAGAGGUUGAUUUGAUUGCAUAAAUUUCCUUCCACUGUGGGCUUUCGGUCCUCUUAACACUGCUAAAAGGACGUUAAUUAAUGUCUGAUGAAAGAUUCAGCUAAAUUGAAGAUAGUUUAGGGCGCAGUUUUGUUAAACAACAGCCGAACUUUGUACAUUCAAACAGAUAUUAAAUUUUGUUGGAUCUAGAUAAGAAACAACACAGUUGUAGUCUGAGGAGUUUUUGUAACUAGUCAUUUUCAUUUUUUUGUUCUCUCUUCAGGAAUUAGAUCUUAAAAUGCACGCAGUUAAAGGAAUAGGCAAGGACCAUGCGAAGUUCUCGCCCGUUGGUAUGUUAAAUGUAUCAACCGUGGAAUGUUUGUGAACUUUUGCUUCAGAAGAAGACAAAAAUACAGGUCGUAAAGUUCACGGAUCAACAUCAGUAUCUGGGCAACUGCCCACCUACCCCUCCCUUAACUCAACAACAGUCAAUUGAUAACAAGUUAGGGUUAAUGUUGGAUUAGGGGAGGGGUAGGUGGGCAGUUGCCCAGAUACUGAUAUUGAUCCGAGUUCAUUUUCUCUCACUUCAGCCACGGCAUCUUACAGACUUCUUCCAGAAAUAACGAUCGUCAAACCCUGUGAGGAUGAGUUGGCUGAUAAAUUAGCGCAAUGUUUCUCCGAAGGUGUCAUUAAAGUGGAAAAUGAACACGGUAUGUGACAUUGAAUGGAAUUUUGUCAAGUUCAGGGGUGAUCGGUGAACUCUGAAACAUUGUAAUGAUUAAGGAGGUUGCUUACUAGCACAUUUUGGGAAACGCUCUGUCCCAAUAGUGAAUACACAGGGCACUGGGUGAAAAAGUCUGCAGGCUUAAGCCAUGGCGGAGACCAUUAUGUUUGGCUCUUGGGCUAAAUACUUUACACCUUACAUAUUGCCUCUUGCCAACCAAGAGUGAUAUAGGGGAUACCAGAAAUAUGUCGCAGAUUUGAAAUUGGCCGGAAUCUCAUCUGAUAGGAUAUGCGCCGACAGCCUCGCGAUCCACUUUCGUGUGCAGACUUAACAUUUGACGUGGAUCUUGGGAAUCUGCUUGCGAGUGAGGCCAAUGUGGUUGGGACCAAGUCCUGACUCAGCACUCACGACAGGGUAAUUAUCAGAGAGAGUGGGAGUGAGUUCUUAGAACGUUUCUGACAAAUGAGGGUUUGUUGUUGUUGUUGUUGUUUUUUUUUUACAUUGCUAUUGUAGGAGUCAAACGAGCUGUGGUAGCCGACUCGAGAAAAGACACAUGUAGCAGAGAAGUAUUUAGACACGAUGUACGUUUGACCUUACCUUGUUUAUUUCCGCUUUGAAAUGUCGAAAUUCUUACGUUCAUCCUGUAUUUCUUGCUGUGGCUUUGCUUUUCGACGGAUGAAUGUGAACCAGAAAUGAAAGACACGAAACAAAACAAAAAAUUCGACUAGAUCAAGUAAACUUUUUCUAGUAUCGUAGCAAACAAAUAAAAAAAAAACACGUGAGGGAGAAAGCUUUGUACUCGUCAAAGUGACUAACCUUGUAAUAUAUACAGUGUUGCAUGUUAGGCUGGGUAUCGUAUACACUUGCAUCAAUGACGUGGACUACUGCUUCAUUUUUCUUAGGAUCUAAAGAAUCGAGUCAAGCUCUCACGGAUUAGGGACCAUUUUAUAUGUAAGUUGGAGUGAUCAGUGAGUCUCUUCCGGCUCAUCUUCAUCGUACACGUGAUGAAUCUUUGCCAGAGAAGCAGAUCCGCUCUGUAUUGUGCUGGUCUAGUGUCCAUGUUCUUUAUUUGAGCUACGUAUGUUUUAUUUGAUGCUUAGGAUGUGGUUAUUUCAGAAUCAGUGUAAUAUAAUGGCUGGAAUCCGAAUACUUGGGAUGUGAAAUUAUUUAAUAUAGAAGGAUGUUAAAAUGAGGCUAAAUUUAGGCGAGGUUAAACUCAAGAAAAUGCUGUCUAGCGGUCUCAGGCUCUAAUGGGGGGAGGGGGAGUUGGUUCCGAGGCCUGUGUUUUUUAUAGCGCUUUGUUCGGUGCUAAGCCCUUAUUAUAAUAAUUUUGCGAAGGUGACUCGCGAACUGACUGUACUGUUCUGUGCUUUGUGUAGUCUCCGUGGAGUCAACUGGUGCCCUUCCUCCAGAUGCACUGGUUUGUGAAUCCAUUAAAGUCCUAAUGGGAAAGUGCAGACAUUUCCUCUCCGAACUGGAUGGCCAGUCUCUAGACACUUGAGUUUCCACUUCAUCUAGUCCAUGCGUAGAGGGAAAACUUCGACAUUGUUUGGCUCACCCAGCUGAACACUUGCGUUUUCAUGCUUCCUGGUCCGUGCGAGAACAAACACCUUAUACAACGGUAUUGUUUAGCUAGCCUGUAACGGAUGAGAAGUGAAAUGGAAUCAGACUUCCCAGAUGCCACUGUCAUCUAUGAAAGUGAAACUCCAAGCCGAAUUGUAAUAAUUGUUGCAACAGUGUUGAAUAUGUAGAACUGAUAACACCAAGCCUACCAUCUCUUCAGAGCGCUUUUCGAUUAAGUGUGGUAAAACCGAAACCAGAGUAAUCAAAAUGGCUAAUCGGAAGAA